AUGGCGCUGGACCUCGGAGAGAUCAAAAUGGGCUUCAUCGGAGCCGGGAAGAUGGCUCAUGGAAUCGCCCAGGGAAUCCUCCUCGUCCUCCAGGUGGUCUCUGUGGUCGUCACCUCACAGCACAUCAUCGUCUCCAUGGCAGCAGGCAUCACCAUAGCAACCCUGUGUGGGCGACACAUAGGGCUGCUCCCAACUGGCUCAAUGGUCCUGAGGUUGAUGCCAAACCUGCCCUGUGUGGUCCAGGAGGGGGUGCUGCUACUCAAGGUGUACAUGUUGGCAGAGGCGAUGGCUGAGGGUGCGGUCAAGACGGCAGCCCCCAGCGUUCUGGCCAAUAGGAUUGCAGCACAGGCAGUACUGGGCACCGGCAGGCUCCUGAGAGACUCUGGGCCACACCCAGCACAGCUGCGGGCUGACGUCUGCACCCCCGGUGGGACCACCAUCUUCGGGCUGAACGCUCUGGAGAGAGGGGGGCUUCGAGCUGCUGCCAUGGGGGCCGCAGAGGCAGCGAUUGAGUGGGCCCGCGAGUUGGGAGGCAAAUAGGGCAGAUCAGCUCAGUGGAAAUCGUUUUGCCUUCACACUGACUUAUUCAUCACGAAAGCCUGCUAUGUGUUAGACCCUUAGUAAAGUUCACCACAGUAAAUCUGCAGUUUCCCCAUGCUCUUCCCAUAGUUAUACAAUGCGUUUCCCAUAGUUUCCCAUGGUUUAUCAUGUUGUUUAAUAUGUUUCAAUGUGCGACAGGGACCAUGUGGUUGUGACAAACAAAAUAAUUUGAUAAUUCAUACUUAAUUUAUA